UCUCAAGAUGUUUCCAUAUCCCGACAGUAUACCGUGGUAUAUACAGUUUUUAGCCAAUACCUGUGGAUUAGCUAUUUGUAGCGGUGCUGAUCGAGGACAAUCGCAAGUUGAAAAGCCUUCAACUUACGAAAUGGAAUAUGAGGACGUGACGCUAAAGACAGUAGAUAACGUUCGUAUAAAAGCGUAUAUAUGCAAGCAAGUGCCUGACGAAGUGGCCAGGAAUUCACCAACGCUUAUUUACUACCACGCUAAUGCAGGAAACAUGGGACAUCGUUUGCCAAUAGCGCAGGUGUUUUACAAGAAGUUCAAGUGGAACGUAGUGAUGCUUUCAUACAGAGGCUAUGGUCUUAGUGAAGGCAGUCCUAAUGAAAAAGGCAUGCGUAUAGAUGCUCAGGCAAUACUAGACUAUGUGAAAAACGACGAUAUUCUUAGAGAUACCAAAAUUAUAGUAUUUGGUCAGUCUAUUGGAGGUGCUGUUGCAAUUGAUCUAGUUGAUGCACUAAUCGUAGAGAACACAUUCCUGAGUAUUCCAAAAAUGAUACCAGUAGUUUUCCCGCAUCUCCGCCACUUUACUUUUCUUUGUCAUCAAAUCUGGUCAUCCGAAACGGCAAUAACGAAAAUUGAACGCGUCCCAAUCUUGUUUCUAUCCGGUUCACGAGAUGGCCUUGUCCCGCCUCAACAUAUGAAGGCUUUAUAUGAGCUAGCGCAGACUCGCAAACGAUGGAGACCGUUUCUGCGCGGAGAACACAACGAUACAGCCUUCCAACCGGGGUAUUAUGACACUAUCGAAGAUUUUGCAGAAACAAUGUGUAACAUUAUAUUUGAACGUGAUGAAAAGGAAAAUGUGACUGAAAGGAUUGCAAGGAUGAGAGAGUUUAUUGAGACGAAAUAA